AAGCAAAAAGCAAAAAGCAAAAAGCAAAAAGCAAAAGCAAAAAAAAAAAAGCAAAAGCAAAAAGCAAAAAAAAAAAGCAAAAGCAAAAGCAAAAGCAAAAAGCAAAAG